CGCGUCCAAAAGCUAUAAAAGACGCGCUAUUUUCCACACUCAAACAUCAAGUACAUUUCACAGUACAAGACAAACACAUCAGAUUAACAAUGGCUGCUCCUAAGGUUGGUAUUAACGGUUUCGGUCGUAUUGGCCGUAUCGUCCUCCGUAACGCCCUCGAGGCCAAGACCAUCGAGAUCGUUGCUGUCAACGACCCCUUCAUCAGCUUGGAGUACAUGGCCUACAUGUUCAAGUACGACUCCACCCACGGUCGCUACAAGGGUGAUGUUGAGAUCAAGGACGGCAAGCUCGUCGUCGAUGGCCAUGCCAUCACUGUCUUCAACGAGCGUGACCCCGCCAACAUCAAGUGGUCCACUGCUGGUGCCGACUACGUUAUUGAGUCCACUGGUGUCUUCACCACCAAGGAGACUGCCUCUGCUCACUUGAAGGGUGGUGCCAAGCGUGUCAUCAUCUCUGCUCCUUCCAAGGAUGCUCCCAUGUACGUUAUGGGUGUCAACCACACCGAGUUCAACCCUGCUGAGACUGUUAUCUCCAACGCCUCUUGCACCACCAACUGCUUGGCUCCCCUUGCCAAGGUCAUCAACGACACCUUCGGUAUCGAGGAGGGUCUUAUGACUACUGUCCACGCUACCACUGCUACCCAAAAGACCGUCGAUGGUCCCUCCAAGAAGGACUGGCGUGGUGGCCGUACUGCCGGCGACAACAUCAUUCCCUCUUCCACUGGUGCCGCCAAGGCCGUCGGUAAGGUUAUCCCUGCCUUGAACGGCAAGCUCACUGGUAUGGCUUUCCGUGUCCCUACCUCUGAUGUCUCCGUCGUCGACUUGACCGUCAAGCUCGAGAAGGCCACCACCUACGAGGAGAUCAAGGCUGCCGUCAAGGCCGCUUCUGAGGGCCCCAUGAAGGGUGUGUUGGGUUACACCGAGGACGCUGUUGUCUCCACUGACUUCACUGGUGACCACCAUUCUUCCAUCUUCGAUGCCUCUGCCGGUAUCCAACUCUCCCCCAAGUUCGUCAAGCUUGUCUCCUGGUACGACAACGAGUACGGUUACUCCCGCCGUGUUGUUGACCUUGUUGCCUACUCUGCUGCUAAGGACAACUAAAUUUCUUGAAGUCUUUUAGAUAGAUCAUGAUGCCAAUGGAUGUACUGUCCAAUGAUGAAUUGUUGAGAGGUGUAGGUUGAUUGGA